GCGGAAGCCGACAAACCCGAGGCGGGAGUUGAACGCGAGGGAUGUUUUAAAUUUGUGCUCAACUGUCGGAUUUUGUUUUACCUUCGAUCGACAUCGUUUAACAUCGAUUAUCGGAUCGCGGCGAGCGAGAGUCCCCUGCAGUGGCUGACCACGGACUUGAGCAUGGCAGAGAGGGUCUCGGGCCUCUCCCCUUCCCCAAGACCACCUGCAAUUCUGCUCAGCAACUCCGCAUUGAGUGGGAGCCCAGGGCAGAGCGGUGACAUCGGCUUCCACAGAAUUCUGUCACAGCUGAAGGAGUUUCACAACCGCAAAGUUGAGGCCCUGCUCGACAAGAUCAACAAGCUCAAGCAGGAGCGCUGCCUGGAUGCACUGACGCUGGAAGAGGUGUUUGAUUCAAACCGGCGUCUCAAAGAGCAGCUCAAAAGGCAGAAGGAGACCAUUCGGGAGCUGCAGCAUCAGUGGCAGUCGGGGGUCACGAUCCAAGAGGAGCCCGGGGGACACGGUGACAAUGAGGGUAACAUCAACAACGACGAGGGCAACGACAACGCCGAGGGUGCAGGCUCCAAGGGCAGCAUGUGGGGCAGAGAUGGACAGCAGCUGGGCCGCACUGCUGCCCUGCGACUCAACAAGGGCAGCCCUGUGCGGAAGCGCGUACGCUACCGCCACCACUCGCUGGAGCGGAGCCACGAUUAUCCCAUGGCAACACUGCGCCAGCAGCACCAGAGGAGGCAGCAGAAGGAGGAGCUUAUCUUUGUUCCAGACACUCUGGCUCUGGAUGUACCGGAUGUGAAGCGCCGCGUGAGUGGCGUCGGCACGGCUACCAAAUCACCACUACCGCCGGCACGAGGUACCGGGCCAUCCCCCCCAUGGGGCCCAAGCACCCCGGACGUCUGCACCACGCCAUUGCCUUCCGAGCUGGGUGAUGACGGUCCCCCAGCACGCGCACCGGAGACACGCUUCAUCUUCACACCCCGUUGUGGACGCAAGCCCCCCAGGGCGUGCGGACACACGGGGUUGUUGGGGCCUCUGCACCACGGGUCGCUCCAGGCGGCAACACCGACCUCGCCUGACCCGGCCUCCGCGGAGACUGACGCGGACUCGCCGUCGCUGCUGGGCCGCAAGCUGUCAAGCCAGGAGCCGCCUGCACCGCCGGGGUCUUUUACCGUCGCUUCAAUCGAAGAGGCGCAAGAUGUGGGGACCACGCCACCCGACGCGGUCCCCGGCGUGAUGCGAGACUUUGCCGAUUGGAAGAUCCCAGCUGCAGAGGCGGUGUGGUGGCGGAGGGGGCAGCGGCGGGCAACGAGCGACGACUGGGGAGAGCCGGGGCGGCGAGCCUCAGGGAGCCGAGUGGCGACUGGGACCUCCCCCCCGCUGGAAGCGCGAGGGGCAGCGUCCGUGCUCACCUCCUCGGGCGCCGCAGCUGCUACUCCGGCGGCGGAUACCGAUGGGGCCGAAAUGAUGCUGUGGCGCAUUGACCCCUCCGCUUGCCUCUCCCAGUAUGAUGAGGACAGCCCGACGGCACAGGCUCCAAGAAGCCCCCGUUUUGGCGGAAGUGCAUCAGAUGUGAGAGAUGGAGACAGCAGCAACGACGACAAUCAUGGCCCGGAGGACCUGAGCGUGGACUGCACCUUUGUGAACGAGAGCGUGCUGCUGAGGCACAGCGGUGCAAUAGGGCGGUACGACGACGGCGGCGGCGACGCCAUGGUGACGUCCUCCCGAGCAGACAGGCGCCCUGUCCAACAGGCAGCUUGCUGGACACCUACAACCCCGAGCAGUGGCCGCAAGGGCUCCGCAGCCGGCAGAGAGACCACGUACAUUUGCAAUGACAGCCUGGACGACCUCUUUGACAGAACCUGUGAUGGAGAGGAGUACGUGUCCUUCUGCCUGAAUGACCAGUCGACCGUCGCUCACCCACGCAGUAAUGACCAGAAGAUCAUCGCUGACCCACGAAGCUCUGACCAGGAGACCAUCGCUCACCCACGCAGUAAUGACCAGGAGACCAUCGCUCACCCACGCAGUAAUGACCAGCUCACCAUCGCUCACCCACGCAGUAAUGACCAGCCGACCAUCGCUCACCCACGCAGCAAUGACCAGCCGACCAUCGCUCACCCACGCAGUAAUGACCAGCUGACCAUGGCUCACCCACGCUGCAAUGACCAGCCGACCAUCGCUCACCCAUGCAACAAUGACCAGCUGACCAUCGCUCACCCACGCAGUAAUGACCAGCUGACCAUGGCUCACCCAUGCAACAAUGACCAGCUGACCAUCGCUCACCCACGCAGUAAUGACCAGCUCACCAUCGCUCACCCACGCAGUAAUGAUCAGCUCACCAUCGCUCACCCACGCUGCAAUGACCAGCCGACCAUCGCUCACCCACGCAGCAAUGACCAGCUCACCAUCGCUCACCCACGCAGUAAUGACCAGCCGACCAUCGCUCACCCAUGCAGUAAUGACCAGCCGACCAUCGCUCACCCACGCAGUAAUGACCAGCUCACCAUCGCUCACCCACGCUGCAGUGACCAGCCGACCAUCGCUCACCCACGCAGUAAUGAUCAGCCUCCCAUCGCUCACCCACGCAGUAAUGACCAGCCGACCAUCGCUCACCCACGCAGUAAUGACCAGCUCACCAUCGCUCACCCACGCAGUAAUGACCAGCUGACCAUCGCUCACCCACGCAGUAAUGACCAGCUCACCAUCGCUCACCCCACGCAGUAAUGACCAGCCGACCAUCGCUCACCCACGCUGCAAUGACCAGCCGACCAUCGCUCACCCACGCAGUAAUGAUCAGCCUCCCAUCGCUCACCCACGCAGUAAUGACCAGCCGACCAUCGCUCACCCACGCAGUAAUGACCAGCUCACCAUCGCUCACCCACGCAGUAAUGACCAGCCGACCAUCGCUCACCCACGCUGCAAUGACCAGCCGACCAUCGCUCACCCACGCAGUAAUGACCAGCUCACCAUCGCUCACCCACGCAGUAAUGACCAGCUCACCAUCGCUCACCCACGCUGCAAUGACCAGCCGACCAUCGCUAACCCACGCAGUAAUGACCAGCUCACCAUCGCUCACCCACGCAGUAAUGACCAGCUCACCAUCGCUCACCCACGCAGUAAUGACCAGCUCACCAUCGCUCACCCACGCUGCAAUGACCAGCCGACCAUCGCUCACCCACGCAGUAAUGACCAGCCCCCCAUCGCUCACCCACGCAGAAAUGAACAGUCAACCAGUGCUCACCCACGCAGUAAUGACCAGCCCUCCAUCGCUCACCCACGCUGCAAUGACCAGCCGACCAUCGCUCACCCACGCAGUAAUGACCAGCCCCCCAUCGCUCACCCACGCAGAAAUGAACAGUCAACCAGUGCUCACCCACACAGUAAUGACCAGCCAAUCACCGGUCACCCACGCUGCAAUGACCAGCCGACCAUCGCUCACCCCACGCUACCCCAACCAGUCGACCAACGCUCAAGCAUGCAGCGGCAAUCAGCCAGUUACAACUGCUGCCGCUCACAGCACCAAACGACCAAUCUCCACUGCUGCGCACAGCCCGGAUCGGCUAGACACCACGUGUUCCAAAGCGCCAACACAGAAGGGCUGUGGGCAGGAGGUGGGCGCAGGUGGCAGACUUGGCGCGGAGCAGCCCGGGUUUGCGUACGUGGAUGUGGUGCGGAAUAAAGACGAGCGGAGGAAGCUGCAGGGCUUCUCCUGCAAGCAGUGCGAGAACG